CUAUGGAAAUUCAGAAGGCACGUUGCGUCGCGUUAACACGCAACGCUAGCGCCAUCUAUCAAUUAAUCAAAAUAAUUUCCACAGAAACAAAGCAGCAGAUGUGAUUGCGAAAAGCGCAGCUAACAAGCCCCAUGUGAGUAGCAUUAAUGUGCCCUUUGCGAACUCAUAUUUGAAAAACCACUUUAAAACGUGAAAUAAUGAAAUAAUGACAAAACUACUGCAAGUCGAGCACCACAGGCAGAAGGUUCCAUAAUUUUUAUCCAAAGGUAAACCAGAAUUUAAAUAACGGCUCUUCGCACCUAACACAAUGACCCAUAUAUGUCUUAUCUUAAUAGAUAUGGCUUAAGAGACAGCGGCAAAUGUAUUUGUGGCAGUACUGUGACCAGAUCACUAUCUGUAUGCUUGCUUCCACACAGCGAAUUCACAUUUAAAAAGACCAGCUGUAAUCAAUACGCUGCCAUGGAUCGAGAACACAAUUAAGAAUAAAUAUGCGCUCAGCCGCAUUAGAGACUGUACACUAACAUUGCUAAGAGUAGUGCUGACAGCAUGGAGUUACUUCUUUCGACACUGUGCCGUCAGCAGCCAGCUCUGUAUAUAUAUUAAUUUAUGUCUUGAUUUUUUGUUUUGCUUGGUUUUGUUUUUAAUAAUGUGUACUAUUAUGAUUAAUCUAGCACUCAUUUGAUGGAUUUCAUGAUUUGUAAUGUAUUUGUUCAGAUUUCAUCUUUACAGCUGUACCUGUGUCUAUACCCUUUCCUUAUUACGUUUGUAUGCCUAACGUGUGCCACAAUAGUGAAACGUUUCCCCCUUAGUCUGAACAGUCUCUACCAUACACUUUCUUUCCAUGAUUUGGUCCUUCUUUCAGUAUUCCUCACUUAACGUAGUCAAUUCUCGGACGAUAUAGCUCUAAGCUCUGAAUGUAAUCAGUGAAGGAUGAUACAGCUCUAAGCUCUGAAUGUAAUUCCCGGAAGACACAAUACUAAGCUCUCUCUCUCUCUCUUUUGUUUUCUUUUAAUUCUAUCGACGGGAUCCAACAGGUUGAAGAGCAGCUUACCCCAGUGGGGCCAGCUGUUUUGGCGAUGGUGGAAGGAAUGAAAGUAUUAGCGAUUAAACCUCACACUUUAAACGACAGAGUAUGUUUUCGCUUAUUUUCCCUUUAUUUUCGCUUUGCUCCGUUCGUUUCUUUUAAUGUUUCGCCCCUCAUAUGGAGACUUAAGUCUUGAUUGCUCUCGAAACUGAUUUCAAAAUCUACGCGAAAAAUAGAUCGCUUUUCUGUUGUAAAGUAUUGAUUUAUUUUUAUUAACUAGUUAUUUUGUAUUAAUUAGCUUUUUGUCUUUUUCGCUUUCCAUUUUCGUGCCAGAAUGCUAAUUUCUAGUUCGCGCGUAUUCAAAUAAGAUAGAAAAAGAUCGUAUUGAAAGGAAAGUUUUAGAUAGUAGAAUCAAAACGUGUUCCGCCUGCUGAAGGCCAUGUUACUAGCUGAUUCUUUUGAUAGCAGUUUAUCUGCGGCAUAAAAUUAUUCCCGCCAGUAAGCUUGUCAUGCCGAUAUUAGGUCUGAGACAACUGGUGCGUUUUCUGUCUCUGUAGCCUUUGGUAUAAUUACAUUUUACUUAAUUAAGUUCAAUUCGUUACUUUUGAUAUACGCCAUAAAUGCUGACGGGUUCUGUAAGCGCAAGCUGUGUCUUCUGUUAAUUUAUGAGUCAACAAAAGGAUCCUUUCAAAGAUUACAGCGAUUACUCGGAAAAGCCGUAAAAGUAAUUGGAAAAGCCGGAGGGAUGAAAAAUGAGCAAACGCCUUCGCCGGGAAUCGAACCACGGACCUCUGAAUUACCGGCUCAGUGUUAACCACUACACCGCGAAGGCACGUAGAGAAGGUGGGAUAAUUACCUUAUAACUGAUCCAAGGUGAAAGUCAUUAAUUCUGAAUCUUGACAGAAGACUUAUUUCCUUUAAUAAGCUUAAGAACUGCUCCCACCGUUAAGUAUUUACAAACUUCGAAAUAAUGUCAUUGGGGAUUUAUUAAUGUUUCCAAACCUGGCUGGAAAAUAUUUGAAAAACUCAGGAGGCCCAACUUCGUUGAAUUUUACCUUCAAAACUGAAUCGCACUAGAUCUCAGUUAUCUCUGCGCAUGUUUACGUACUGAUUCUAAAUUCAUUGAGAAAAUAAAAGAAAGCAAAGAAAACUUGUCUUCCAAAGACUUUGAAACUGCAAACCUUGUUUAAGACUCAGUUAUAAGGCUUAUAGUUUUUUCCGCGUGUUUUUGAUGCAAUGCAAUUUCAUCUAAACUUGAUUUGUUCACAUUUGCAUGUUGGAUGGUUUGCAUUUUUCAUUUGUGUUUCCCUAAGAAUGCUUUAACUUGGUCACAUAUGUAUGUAAUAUCUGAUAAUCGCGUUUUGAAAUUCCAAUCGGAUAACUGUUUUGCUAUAUCGACCAUGAAGGAUAAUCUUGCAACAAUACUGAAUCAGAAAACAAACUUGUGUUUUUAUUUUUGGAUAUUAAAAACUUGCAUAUUUCUUCUUUCAAGUGGUACAAUAGGACGAACCGCAAUAUUUGAUUUUUAAUUCACUAAAAAAGCAGAGAACUGUCGCUGAUUUAAACCCUGAGAUCCUAUCAAACUGAUAAUUUUUUGACAGUUGUCAACACAUUUUCCAUCUUUAUUACCUUCCCACAUAAUACUUCUUGGUGUAUGAUGCAAUGUAUAUGGUAAAUCGUGGAUCCAUCGGAAAUUUCAUUCGUUUUUUUUCGCAGUAAUGCCCCAAACUGUAAUUUUUUUUCAGUCAUUGAAAGGGCUCCAUCUGUUGCUGUAGAAAUCAUUUCUGACAGAGGUCAUUUUUGUAGAAGCUCACAAACAUAGUUAUAUAUAUUUUGCCCUAUAGUAAUGACAUGCAUCUUUAUUAGCUCUAGUAAUUCCUCAAAAAUGUUGAAAUUCGUGUUGCAAGUACGAAAAAACACAACUAAUUGAAUUACGCCCCCAAUGUCCGUACUCUCGGUCAUGUUCAAUGGGAAAAGUUUCAAAACUAGAUGAUUUUGGUUUGAUCCGAUCACUUAAAUUGCUGGCGAAAUCGGUAACACUUAUGGCAACGGUGUUUUGAGACAAAGAGAUUCCUUGAAAAGCCUUCACACUUUCAGGGCAAACAAUUUUUAAAUUUAAUUAACAAGUCAAAUUACCUUUGGGAAAAGGUUUCGAAUGCUUAGGUAUCAACUUCAACAAGACGUAACUUGCAUGCACUACAAUUUGACUUUCUUGUUAUACUUUAGUAAACAUAAACUGCUCUUUUUUCAGUCCCAUCUUGAACUCUUUGAACUUUUCGUGUCUCACUAAUCUUUCCUAAUUAUCAUAUUUUGUUUUAUAUUCAUAAUGACUUUUAAUGAUAUAUAUCUUUGGUACAGUAACAGCAUUGUUACAUACCAAGCAGAUUAUUUUAUCUUUUGUUUUACAGCAAAAAUAAGCCUCUUCCCACUUUUGUUUUGGAAAUUUCAAUGCUCAUCAACAAUUUUCCGGUAAAUUUUUCUGCCAUCUGAUUUCGAUAAAAACACACUGAAUACAUGGACCUAAAAUAGAUGAGUAAACUGUAACACAAAAUAAUGAGAAGACACGAAAAAGAAGCUGAACAUCCGACAAAAGUCGCGAUAUGCAGCAGUAAAUAAGCACUUCAUGUGAUUCAGGUAAUGAUUUACGUGAUUAAGAUGAUGUAUGAGAUGGGGGAAGGGCAAAAAGGAAAGUUUAAUCGGCAAGCAAAGGAUUUCAUUAAAUUAGAAUAUUUUGAUCACAUGUUUCAGCUCGGUCUGAUUAUUAAACCAGACUGCUUCACGUUUAUCAGACGCACAUUGAAUUUCAUUCUCAAGUUAUACAAAUGCCUUCCCCCCUUUACCUUCCUUUUUAUGUUCUUACCUUUAGAUAUAUCACGGUCUUGAGUUUGUUAUGUGAAGAUCCCAUGUGGGAACUCAGUGUUAUAGAGCCGGACACGUCGCCUGCUGCGCGGCGAUAUUACUCUCGGUGUGCCGGUCGUAAGAAAGUUAGAAAAUACCAGUGAGAAUUGAAAUUUACUCGUGGUUUCGAAAACCAAAAUCAUUUUUAAUAAAAUAUGCCGGCUACAGAUAAAGUAAUGAUAUUUAAGUUAAUUUUAAUGGCGUUAGCGAUCAAAGCAAGAAAGUAUAGGCAUUGUUAUUGUAUUGCAGUAGGUAUUGUUAUCGUCUGCUAAAAUAUUCGCAGGCAUUGGUGGGAAAAUGUGUGUCGGAACAUUACUAGUAAUCGGUCAUUGGAGGGGGCGAAUGUUGUGUUAUUAAUAAUUAUUGUAAUUAGAAUUUUUAAAAGUUAAUCUGCGAAAUUUUUGUUAAAAUUUUAAUUAAAUUUAUAUUUUUCCUCCCGUUUGCUUUAUUGUUCACUUUUUAUAAUUGCGAAAUUUCUUUUUUUUAAUCCGGAAGCUACAUAGUACUGCUUAUAACUAAUACAGAUGUGUUUGCAUUCUUCAAUAAUUAUUAACUAGUAUAGAAACGUAUUGAAGGGCAACGAGAUGAAAGAUGUACAAAAGGAACUUUUUACUGUAAAAAUUACAAAGGGAUUCCCCCCGUUCCUCUUUUAAAGUCAAAUUUAAGAAGGCUGGAAUUUAGGACCUCGGUUUGGUUUGAUAGUUUCAGAUGUUCUUUAUUAGAAUUUGUUCUUUAGGAAUUAGUUCUUUAUGAGGUUUUCUGCUAGCUCUAGAAUGCAUUGGCGAUAAAGAAAUCUAAUUGGGACAACAACAACAACAACAAACAACAACAACAAAAAAAAAAAAAAAACGUACGAAGUUGUCACCUACUGGAAAAUUUAUUUCAUACGAUGUUAUUUUCAGUGAGCAAAAUAACGUUUUUGCUACUAACUUGCAUGUUCGUUCAGCAAUUAUUCUAUAAUGAACAUGAUUAGCACUUUGUUACUAAAACUGGUAAUGUGUGAUGAGAUCUGGUGGUAAUAAUGUAUGUAUGAAGUUGAAUUUGAAUCUGAAUCAAAGUAGAAAUCCAACGUGGAAGACACAAAAUGUUAGAAAGAGAAUACUGAAUAGCAGUUUUUUUUUAGCACGAAGAAAAUGAUAGGCUCCUAUAUAUCUUCAUAGGAUAACAUGGGAGGAAUUUUAUCUUGUAAGAUAAAACCGAUUGAGGGAAAACAUGUGUAUUGGGGCAGGUAGGAAAUGGAAGAGUGCUUUUCUGUGUAGUAACAGUAUCCGCGCGAUUUAUACAAUUCGUCGAACAUAGUUUUGUAUGUGGAAUGGUAGUUGGCGUUACAAAAACGCGCUGGAAAACAUAAUAAAAUUUCAAAUAAAAAUAAUAUCCAUGCUCCGAAUGAGAUUAUUAAGGAAUAAAAACUUCUGCUAUUUUCAUUAUAUUUUUGAGCUUUCAGCAGUUGACACAGGAAUUAAUACUGAAUCGGUUUGCUUUAAAUUAAUUUUACUUUUUACUAUAUGAAUUCAGCACUGUUUUAUCUCUCGCAAUUUGUAGCUUUCAACAUACUUCUGUUCUGAUUCUCAGGCUGCGUGAAUGAAAGAAUUUUUUUUUUUUUAUAUUGCAGGAAAGAUGUGUUUAGUUUUGUUAAUUUUAUUUGAUUUUCUGUGAAGGUUUUUCAUAAACAGGUACACAAUGCCCUUGGACAUGACAAGCAUUGCAGUGCUUUUCAAAUACGUUAUGGUGGUUACAAAGGCAUGUUGCUUAUUGAUCCAACAUUGGAAGGUACCAAUAUAGUAUUUCGUAAAAGUAUGGAGAAAUUUAGUUCCCCUGGAAAUACUAGGUUGGAAAUUGCAAGAACAAGUGCUCCAGUUAAACUACAGCUGAACAGACCUUUCAUCGCCAUUCUCAAUGACUUAGGAAUAAGACACAGAACUUUUUUAAAAUUACAAGAAGAUGCAUUGAAUACUUUGAUGAAAAUUCUUUUUGAAGAAGAAAAGGCAGCUUCAUUUCUGUUAUCGCGAACACCAUCUUCCCUCUUCCCAUAUAAAGAACUGAGUGGUUCUGGCAUAUAUUUGACAACAGAACCAUACUUUAGAUCACUUCUGUUGGCAUUACAUAGACAUUAUGGAGAAAAACUGAAAUCUAAAGCAAAUAUUCCAGUUGAUCCAAGUCAAGGUAGAAAUAUGCUUGGAGUGCUUGAUGAGACUGGUAUACUCAACUAUGGAGAAGUCUUUAUACAGUGUACGAAAGAUAUUUCUAAAGGUGAAACUACAAAAGAUACGAUAAUCAUAAAAGGUGAAGUAGUUGUGACAAAAAAUCCAUGCCUUUUACCUGGAGAUGUAAGAAAAUUCAUUGCUGUUGAUGUUCCUGAGUUGCAUCACGUAGUGGAUUGCAUUGUUUUUCCUAGCAGAGGGCUUAGACCUCAUCCAAAUGAAAUGGCUGGUUUGUAUUAA